GUUUACAAGAAAAGUCAUUUAAAACUAGCCAAAAAGGAAAAUUGUGCAUUUCGUUAUAUUUCAUUUUUAAAUUUUUAAUAAUUUUAAAUUAAAAUUUAGUGUUAAACAAGUAAAUUAUAUAAAAAUGUCAAGAUCUCUAAGAGCUGAAACUAGAUCAAGAAAUUCUGAUAUUAAACGAGGAACAGUUCGAUCUGAUUUAAAAGUACGAAAAUGGGAAAAAAAAUGGGUGACGAUUGGUGAUACAACUAUGAAAAUUUUUAAAUGGGUUCCAAUAUCAAAUAGUGAAAAAAAGAAAAAUAUUACAAGUAAAAGUGAUAAAGAAAAUGUGCAAAAAGAAACAUCACAAUUAUCAUCAAAUUUCGGAACUGAAGAUUCAAAUACUUGUUUUUCAAUGGUUAGUGAUUCUCAAGGUGCAACAGAUUUUGUUUCGAGUAUGCCAUUUUCAGAAGAUUCCAACUCUCAAGGUAGCGAAGGACCUAAAAAUGUUUAAAAAUAAAUUUAUAAAUUAAAAACAAUUUUUGCUUUCUUAACUUUACAUUAUAUAUACAUUUAUGUUGUAUAUUUUAUUUAAAUGAAUUCAUUUUUGUUUUUUUUUUUUAAAUGUUUUUAAUAAUUUAUAAUUAUACCAAUAGGACCUCUUUAAGUAAAUUUUAUUUUACUAUAAUAUAGUAGGUAUAAUGUUUUUUUUUUCAAUAAAAUUAAAUAUAUUUUGAAUAAUUCAUAAUUUUAUUGUAAAUAAAAUAUUAAAACAAAUAAUAAAGCUCGAAACUUAAAAAUUUAAAUUAAGAAUAUUCAGAAUGUUUGGAAAAUUCGUCUGUGUAUACCCAAUUUUAAAGUCUUAAAGAGUCAAAAUAAUAGAAGAAUAAAACAAAACAUAAUUUAUAUAAAUUUUAUAAAUAAAAUAUUACUUCUAUAAAAUAUAAUUGUGUAAGAUAAACUUUAUAUAAAUAAAUACAACUUUUAUUUCUGUAAACUAGCGAAAUAAUGCUAAAAAAAAAUUGAGCAAAACACUUAAAUAUAAAUUAUAAAUAGAAAAGAAAUUUGUUAACUGAAAUAAAUUGAAAUAUUACUAUAAAUUUAUUAAAAUAAUCUAAAAAUACAAAAAGAAUAAAUAAAAAAGUACAUGAAAAUAUUUUCAAUAU